UCAAUGGCUUCACGUCAAGAAAGAAGCCGUGGUCCACGAUUUAUACACGAACCUCCUGUCUUGGUAGAGUUUGACAACAGCAGUGGCGCGAUGGUUCCAUGUACAGCUGAAGCGAACCCUACUCCUUUUUUACAGUGGGUCUUGCAAGAUGGUUCACAAGCGCACGAGUUAACAGGAUUACGCCACUUCCAACCAGAUGGGUCACUCGUUUUCCCGCCUUUUCGAGCAGAGGCUUACCGGCAAGACGUGCACGACGCCAUCUAUCGAUGUGUUGCAUCCAACAUUGUUGGGAUUAUCAGAAGUCGUGAUGUCAGAGUGAAAGUUUCUAUACGGCAAUUCUAUAAAGUGCAGGUGUUUGACGAGUUUGUCAUUAAGGGGAAUACAGCGGUGAUGAGAUGUCACGUGCCUUCAUUCGUUCGGGAUUAUGUCACUUUCACCUGGGAAAGAAAUGAUGGCAUGAAAAUGACAUCGACAGCUCUACAAGGUGGCAGGUACAGCAUUCUUCCUACAGGCAAGCUUUAUAUUAGAGGCGUGACAGCAAAUGAUGGAAGAGCCAGUUACAAGUGUGUUGCUCAUCAUCGCCUGACGUCACAAGUAACGAGCAGUGAUACUAGCGGAAGAUUAAUUGUCAGAGAUCCUCAAGGCGAGUCGGCUCCAAACAUUUUAGACAGACAACAUUUAGUGCAAGCCACAGAGGGCGACACCAUCGAGCUUGGUUGUGUUGCUCAAGGUUUUCCUGUCCCUACAUACAGAUGGUACAAGGAAGGAAGACUAAUCUACGGAGGACAUCGAGUGCUACAUUUGGAAGGAUCUUUGAUUUUGCAAUAUGUGAGCUCGGCUGACUCAGGAAAUUACGUUUGUGUAGCAAACAAUACAAAAGGCGAAGAAAGUGUGGAUAUCAACGUCAUUAUUUAUGCUUCCCUUUCUGCUUAUAUCGUGCCACAAGACCAUGUCGCUGUUGUUGGCGAGCCCAUAACGUUAAACUGUUCCUUAACUGGUUACCCAGUUCCCACUGUUCAAUGGAUGAAGAAUGCAGCUCCUCUAGAAACGAAUUCAAGAAUAAGGCUAAUAAAGCAAGAAAUACUAUACUUCUCAGUAGUGGAAAGAGAAGACAGAGGAAUGUACCAAUGUUUUGUUUAUAACGACAGGGAAUCAGCCCAGGGAACAACAGAAUUGAAGCUAGGAGAGGUGUCUCCAAAACUUGUAAUAACUUUUACUGAGCAAAACUUGAAACCUGGUGUUGACCUUUCGUUAAGCUGCUCUGCCUCUGGAAAUCCUUUACCUCAAGUCACUUGGAAUGUGGAGGAAUUUGGCAUUCCAGAAUCAUCUCGGAUUCGAUUAGGUGACUAUGUGACGUCAAAGGGUCACGUGGUUAGCUACGUUAACAUUAGUGAUGUAAGAAUAGAGGAUGGAGGAGAAUAUUCAUGUAUGGCAACAAAUAUGGCGGGAGUAAUGAAACAUUCUGCAUCUGUUAAUAUCUAUGGACCUCCAGUUAUUCGACCAAUGAGAAAUAUUUCUGUUUUGGCUGGAGAUACCAUGACUUUACGAUGUCCAGUGGCAGGUUUCCCAAUAACUUCCAUCACGUGGACACGAGCUGGAUCUCCAUUACCAAUAUCACUUCGUCAGCAAGUUAAACCGAGAGGUAAGCUUCUUGUGAAGAAAGUGGAUCGUGAAACAGACGAGGGAGAAUACACUUGCACAGCGAAAAACAGUGAUGGUCAGAGUGCAAGCGGAAAAGUGUCUGUUUCUGUAAAUGUGGCGCCACAUAUUGAUGAAGAUGUCUUUCCUGAGAAAAGAACGGCAACAGAAGGCGAAAGAGUAAAACAGCUGUGUACUAUUGUUAAAGGAGAUCCGCCAAUAAGGAUUACGUGGGAUAAAGAUGGCGUACCGUUGAAUCGAGAUAGAGGUAGAAGAAUCCAAAGUUUGGACGAUUCAUCCUUGCUGGUAUUGAAACACGUAAAGUUUGGAGAUUCUGGAAAUUACACGUGCCAUGCAUCCAACUCCGCAGCAUCAGACAGUAGAACAACAGAACUGAUUGUCAAUGUGCCGCCACGUUGGCUGACGGAACCUGUUGAUAAGAGCGUCAUUCGUGGAGAAACAGUGGCAAUUGACUGUCUUGCUGAAGGAUAUCCUAAACCACGGAUGUCCUGGAAGAGACCUUUAGAGACACAUCUUGGAACUUUCCGAGAACUCCACCCAAAUUUCCGCACACAAGUGUACAGCAAUGGCACAUUGACGAUCCAGGAUGUAGAGGACAACGACGCUGGACACUAUAUCUGUCAAGCCACAAACGACAUUGGAAGUGGACUUACCAAACUAAUUGAUGUUACCCUUUCAUCUGCCAUACUCAGGUUCUCCGUGCGGCAAGCGAUGACCGAGUCGACAGUCGAAUCAAGUCUAACUAUUUCCGUUACUGACAGAUAUGAUUCGGCCCUCUAUACAUGUAUCGUAUCCAAUGGCUAUGGUUCAGGUGAAACAAACAUUCAGCUCAUUGUGCAAGAACCGCCCAGUCCCCCUACGGAUGUUUCUGCAAUUUCGCAAAGUAGCCGAACGAUAGAGUUGUCAUGGAAACCAUCUUACAGCGGAAACAGUGCUAUCACCAAAUACACCAUUCAAUACAAAAACAUUACAAGUAAUUGGGAACAAUGCUCGCAACUUGUGCUUUCUGGUUUUGAAACUUCCGCUACUGUGAGAGAAUUACUUCCAGUUUCUUCAUACGACUUCCGAAUUAUUGCUGAAAAUGGCUUAGGGAAAAGCACCCCGAGUGAAGUCAUUACCUCAACCACGUCGGAAGAAGUUCCCGGAGGCCCACCACUAGACGUCGCUGUGGAAGCCACGGGAGCCAGAUCGCUAAAGGUCACUUGGAAGCCUCCGCGGAAGGACCUCCUUCACGGCAGACUCCUGGGAUAUUACCUAGGUUACAAGAAGAAAGACAGUAUUGAAUCAUUCCAGUAUAAAAAUGUCGACAAUCUAGGAGACGGAGAGGUAACCAACUACCUAACAAAUCUGGAGCGUUUAACGUCUUAUGUUGUCUUGGUACAGGCCUACAAUAGCGUAGGACCUGGACCUAGGUCUGACGAAAUCCAUUCCACAACUCUAGAAUCGUCCCCUCCAACCUCUCCAGGAUUAACAGUUGUUUCAUCAACGUCGUCUUCAAUCACUGUUGAAUGGGAAAAUAAUGAAGAUAUGGUAUUUAAAGAUUAUAUUCUUUAUUAUAAAGCAGAAGGAAAAGAUUGGAUGACAGAAAAAUUGUCUACAACCACUCACAAAUAUACCUUAAAAGGUGUUCAAUGCGGCACGCGCUACAGACUUUACAUGACCGCCUCGAAUAGUCUAGGAACUGGCGAACCAAGUGCGACUGUUACAGGUCGAACUAAAGGAGGAGCUCCAGUUUCUCCUCAUAAAAGGAUGUUCUUGAUGAUAAAUGCAACUUUUGUAACCUUAAACUUGGGAUCAUGGCAAGAUGGCGGCUGUCCUAUUCAGUAUUUUUCUGUUCGUUAUCGGCCUACAUUUCAACAUGUGUGGAACACCGUGGCAUCUCGUGUGAUGGCGCUGCAGAAACACUUGGAAAUAGGCCAUCUAGUCCCUGGAAGGGAAUACAGUCUCUUAGUUAAUGCAUACAAUGAAGCAGGGACAACGGAAGCAGAAUACACAUUUCAAACAUUAAAUUACACCUUUGCGUCAGCAGUAACGCCACCACCAGGGAGGACUCCGGCAAGCAGAGACGCCAUGUUACCCUUCUACCGAAACUUCACAGUGAUAUUGCCCGUAGUGUUCUCCAUUAUCGUGCUUCUUGUAGUUACCAUUACUGUUUUAGUGUGCUUGAGAAGGCAAUCGGACAGCAGUAGCAGAGACAGUUGUGGAGACAGUCAGCCACGAAAGGGUAGGCAAACGGAAAAUGUAGGUAUGAUGGAAUUUCCUCAGAAGCCGCUGAAAGACAUGGAACCAACUUAUAAACCUUCAUACUACUCCUCACCAACUAGAAAACCAACACCUGUCGCUGCUGGAAGGAGGAUUCGACGAAGAGACGAUAACCACGAAUAUGCUGAGCCCUAUGCUUCUGUACCACCACCACGCUGUGUUGUGGACGAAAGGAGUUGCCCAGUUGUGUUAUCUACGAGAAAUGAUGGACCGUAUGCUACAAUUAAAAGGAGUCCUCCACGUCCUGUGUGUUAUUUACCUUCAAUGAGCCAGGGAGUCAAACUAAGGUCAACCCAACAGGCGACGUCCCCUGAGCGAUCAUAUUGUCAGUCUGGUUCAAGUCCAUCUGGGUCCAGUGGAGAUAGACCGUGUAGUAUGUGAAGUUACAGGUUGUAAGGGUUCUUCCGUUUCUCCCUACGUGACAUCCUCUCUUUUGUACAUGCCCUUCUGCAGUGAUUGUCUUCCUAAGUUCUCCAGUGGCUGAGUAUUUGUAUUUCUCCGUCCUCUUUUACAAGUCUUUAUGAAACGCAUGAUUCCUCGGAAGAUCGCUAAGAAGUUUGUAAUAGCUGUAAUCAAUCUGUACAUUAUUGAGUUAUUAAUACAAGGUCUAAAUGCCUCAUUAUUGAGUUAUUAAUACGAAGUCUAAAUGCCUCAUUAUUGAGUUAUUAAUACGAAGUCUAAAUGCCUCAUUAUUGAGUUAUUAAUACAAGGUCUAAAUGCCUCAUUAUUGAGUUAUUAAUACGAAGUCUAAAUGCCUCAUUAUUGAGUUAUUAAUACAAGGUCUAAAUGCCUCAUUAUUGAGUUAUUAAUACGAGGUCUAAACGCCUCAUUAUUGAGUUAUUAAUACGAAGUAUAAAUGUCUCAUUAUUGAGUUAUUAAUACGAGGUCUAAAUGCCUCAUUAUUGAGCUAUUAAUACGAGGUCUAAAUGCCUCAUUAUUGAGUUACUAAUACGAGGUCUAAAUGCUCAUUAUUGAGUUAUUAAUACGAGGUCUAAAUGCCUCAUUAUUUAGUUAUUAAAACGAGGUCUAAACGCCUCAUUAUUGAGUUAUUAAUACGAGAUCUAAAUGGCUCAUAAUUGAGUUAUUAAUACGAGGUCUAAAUGCCUCAUUAUUUAGUUAUUAAUACGAGGUCUAAAUUCAUCAUUAUUGAGUUCGAAAAUUACUUAUACCCAUCCAACAAUA